AUCCAGUGGCCGAGCAGCCGCUAGCGACGUGGCGGAGACUGGGGCUGAAGUGUAGCGAGUACUUCGAACGUUGUGCUGGCGGGCGGCUGACCGGCCCGGGCCGGGGUGGGUGACUGACUGACUCUCUGCAACGCCAGGGCUCCCCGCUGCCUCUCCCCGCUCGGGGGUAUGUCCCUCGGGGCAGGAGAGACUGCUGCUGCUGCUGCUGCAGCAUCCUCGGUCUCAGCGCCCCCCGGAUCGCAGCCGCUAACCACGCCGCCCCGCACUAGGAUCUACAAGAUCAUCGUUAUUGGAGACUCGGGCGUGGGUAAGACGUGCCUGACUUACCGCUUCUGCGCUGGCAAGUUCCCCGACAAGACCGAGGCCACCAUCGGGGUGGAUUUCCGAGAGAAGACGGUGGAAAUAGAUGGAGAACAAAUUAAGAUCCAGCUUUGGGACACGGCUGGCCAGGAACGUUUUCGGAAGAGCAUGGUGCAGCACUACUACAGAAAUGUUCAUGCUGUUGUCUUUGUGUAUGACAUGACCAAUCCUGUUAGUUUCCAGAGUCUCCCAGCCUGGAUUGAAGAAUGCAAACGGCACUCACUCGGUGGAGAAGUUCCACGCAUCCUGGUGGGGAAUAAGUGCGACCUAAAAGACGCCACCAAAGUGGAAACUGACCUGGCACAAAAGUUUGCCGAUAGUCAAAGCAUGCCGCUAUUUGAAACCUCGGCUAAGAACCCAAAUGACAACGAUCACGUGGAGGCCAUUUUCAUGACUUUGGCUCAUAAACUAAAGAACCGCAAGCCAAUGAUGCUGAGUCAGCUCCAAGUAGACGAAUCCAAAGUUGUGCUGGAAUCUGAACCAAAGCCUAGUGUGGAGUGUUACUGUUAAAGGGGAACAUGGUUUGUUUUAAAUUCAAAAGAAGAUAAAAAAAGCGCUUUGCUGCUAAGUAUUGUUUAAAGUGUGGAAAUAACAGGAGUAAAUUAUCUGAAUGAACCUGCCAACCGUCCAUGAGAGGAAAUACAGUUGAACAAGAAUUUAGACAUAUACCCUACCAAACACUGACUGAAAAUGAAGCUAAUGAACAUUUCAGAACUGAAAUGUGUACAUAUCUGGUAUUUGUUGUCAGUUAUUAAUUUUAUAUAUUGACAUACAAGAGACAUAUUCAUCCAAUAUACUUUAUUCAGUUAACAGUCACAUACUUCCUCAUCCUUUCAUUGGCUUUUGCUUUUCCAUCAGGAAAAAUUAUUAUUUUGGUAUUGGAAGCCCUUCACUUGAUUAGUUAGUUGACACAGUAAAUAGCUGAGUUACAGGGCAGGAGGAUCUCCAGUUUGAUUGCCAUUUUGUGCUCUGUUGGGAGAUGUUGACCAGAACAGUAAUGGGUCAUGGUCAUUGAUCUCAGCUCUCCAGUUAAAUCUAGAAACCUGAUCUGCCUUCUGCACUGCUUGCCACCAGUGGCGGAUUGGGUCUAAAAAUAUUGGUUGCCAGGAGACUAAGAGGGCCCACUUCAUCAGGGGCCCAAUUGAUAUAGGGGGCCCACUUCAUCAGGGGCCCACUUGCCAUCGGGCAAGCUGACAACCUGGCCAGUCCGCCACUGCUUGCCACUACUAUGGUGCCUAUUCUUGUUAAUUAGGUUAAUACUCUGGACUUUCAUAGGAAGAAAGGUGACUUUAUUGAGGUAACUAAAACAUAGAAGGUUGACCAAAAAAGGGAAUGAUUUUAAUUUUUAAAUAAUUAAUACACUAAUAUGGCAUUCUUGCUUUUGGUUCCAAAUAACUGAAAUGUGAUGUAUCCAUUUUUAUAUCUUCUAAUAUGAAAAAUAAUAUUAUAUGGGAUUUUAUUAAACUUGACUAGCAAAGCUUUUCAAGCUUACCUGACAUACAAACUAAUCAACCAAACCUUUUUAUUAAAUAUUUUGCUUAAAACAAAA